GUGUCACAGUUUUAAAAGCACUACAAAUAUUUUUCUAACUCGGUGAAUUUCACAACGUUUUGCAGCAGCGAGUGCAAAACACGAAGUGCGUCGAAUCAAUUUACUUCCAUUUAGCUAGGCUAGAACUCGGUGCUAACUAUAUUUUUAAGAAAGUGCGCGUUUAUCGUUAGUGAAUCAAACUCAAAAUGACCUCCCCGUGGGCCCAGAUCGCCGCUCCGACCGCAGUCGACCUACAGGAAAUCAUGUCCGAGGAGUUUGCCCGCGGUCUGCAGGAACAGGAACACGAGCAGCCGAGUCGUCCGGCGAAGAAGGUUGCUCCGGUGCAACUGCCAGCACCUCCACCACCGGAACCCGUCGCCGGAAGCUCGCGGGCGAUAGAUCCGGGAUUGCUGUUGGAUCCGUUCGAAGAGGGACCGGGACCGUCCAGUCGAUGCGUGGAGGACGUGAUUCCGGAAGAUGUGUUGAGGGCGAUUGAGGAAGCCGAUCAAAAGCAGCUGGAAUCGGAUGUGGCCAUUGCGAAGCUGUUGCAGGCGCAGUUUGACUCCGAGUACGACGAGCAGUUGAAACGGGAAGAGAACCACCGGAACAAGAACUCGUGCGUGAAGAUUUCGUUGAAAAACUAUCGGAUGGUCCCGGAAGAGUUGCUGUACGACGAGGAGGACCAGGCUGAGGUUCCGGUUGAUCCGAAAGCGGACUGGGAUCGGUUUGAGACGAACGAGAAGGAGGAGAAAACGAUUCCGAGGGUCGGGUACAAGGUCAACGAGGACGGAGAAAUGGUCACGAAGCACAACCAGGACAUUUCCGGGCGGAAGAAUGCGUGCAAGGUUAUGUCAUUUCCGCCGGAGUUUUCCACCGGGGACGGGGCAGGAUUCGAUAUGAAGUUGUCGAAUAAGGUUUUCAACCAACUCAAGUCGCACUCGAAGAAGACAACCAAAAAGCAGCACAAAGCGGCGGACCGGAAGGAGAACAUCGCGACGGCGGAAAUGGGUCUGGAUGAACCGACGAGGAUGAUUCUGUACAAGUGGAUCAACAAUCAGCUGCUGGAAUCGAUCGACGGAAUUAUAUCCACCGGGAAGGAAGCGGUUAUUUUGCACGGUGAGACGGAUCCGACCAACCCGAACCUGGAGGAAGACGAAUCGUACCCAAAAGAGGUGGCAAUCAAAGUGUUCAGCACGACGCUCAACGAGUUUAAGCAGCGUGAUCGUUACAUCAAAGACGACUUCCGGUUCGCGGGUCGAUUCUCGAAGCAAAACGCCCGAACCGUCAUCAACAUGUGGGCCGAAAAGGAGUUGCACAACCUGAACCGCAUGAAAAGGAUCGGAAUCCGGUGUCCGGAAGUGGUCGUGCUCAAGAAGAACAUUCUGGUAAUGUCCUUUAUCGGGGAAAAUCUGGUUCCGGCACCGAAGCUGAAGGAAGCCGUCCUGAACGAGGCGCAGCUGAUUUGCGCGUACGAAGAAAUGGUCGAAAUUAUGCACAAGCUGUACAAUGAAGCGAGACUGGUUCACGCCGACUUGUCCGAGUACAACAUCCUGUGGUUUGACGAGCAGUGCUGGAUCAUCGACGUGGCGCAGUCCGUUGAGCCGGGUCACCCGGGGGCGCUCGAGUUCCUGAUGCGAGAUUGCGACAACAUUAGCACGUUCUUCACCAAACGAGGCGUCAGCGGCGUCAAGAGCAAAGAAGACCUUUUCUUCCAUGUCACCGGUCUUGAUCCACUUACCCACAACGCCACCAUCCUGGAACGCAUCCACAUGAAGGGACAGCCGGCGCACGUCGUGUCCGGAAUCGACGACGACACGCCGGAACACUUUAAGCCGCUCGAGUACCCGUUUGAUUUGGCGUGGCAAAAGGUGGAAAAGUUCAAGGGAAGCAAAAAGAAGCACCAUCAAAGUGGAGCGCACUGCAAACCAGAGGGAAAUGUGGCCAACGAAUUUGAGACUUGUGUGCCGAAAGAGGAGCAAGUGAGCGGUUGAAGUUGAAGAGUGUGGGAAACCCAAACUAUGAAUAUCUUUGGAUGAUAUAUUAAACCGUGGAAAAUGUUAAAACUA